AAUUUUGACAGUGCGCCAUCUACUGUUAAGCUUGCUACAGCUGAGAAAACAAUAAAUUGGCGAUGGCAGACCGUGUCACACAACUUCAAGACGCUGUAAAUCAGCUUGCUGAGCACAUGUGCAAUAGCAUUGGUGUACUCCAACAGAGUGCUCAGCCGUCCAAGUUCCCUGGGUGUGAGAAACAAGCCUCUCAAGAACAGCAGCCUAAUCAUGAGGAUUACACUCAGCUCUUUGCUCAACUGAUUGCCAGGACAGCCAAGGACAUAGAUGUACUGAUAGAUUCUCUACCAAGUGAAGAAUCUACUGUUGAACUUCAGAAUGCAAGUUUGCAGAGGUUAGAAGAGGACAAUGAGAUAGCAGCCAAACGACUUGGUGAAGUCGUUGAGAGGGGAGAGCUUCUGCUCCAUCGCAUUCAAGAAGCCCUCGCUGAGAUCGCUGAUGCCCAACUCAAGACCAAGAGUUCCUCUUCAUUGGCUGCCUCACUGGCUGCGUCAUCAUCAAUGAAUUCUUCAUUGGGUGCCCUAGCAUCAGCAUCAUCAACUCAGUCUUCAGGGUCAAACUCAUCCCUAAAUGUGGGCGGGACCUCAGCAAUGAAUGGGACAAAUACUUGACAUUCUCUAUUUAAAUCAAGUAUUGAUACUGUUAUCACACAAUGAACUGAUAAUCUAUUUGUACAGUUUAUAAAUACUCUGCAAUUAAAUAUGUGGCUUUUGCUUGUAACUGCAAUUAAAUGCAAAGACAAGAUAGUUGUUCUCAUCUCACCAUCAGAGUGGAGUUAGACCCUACCGUAGUGUCUGGACCUUCGGACGUUUAUUUGAUUUGAAGGAUUCACAGUUAAAGAUAUCUGACUGCUUUCUUGCCCAAAUUCAUAAAAAACACUUUAAAUCAAAGAUGAUUUUAACCCCAACCUAUGAUUUCAUGCAUAACAAAAUAAGCAUAAAGAAUACAGGCAUAAUGUCCAAGUAUUAAUUUGAUCAGAUUUAUUAUGCUUGCAUACAGGUCUAUUACCAUAAUAAGACUGGGGGGGGUGAUUCAGCCCCCCUUGACAUUUUUCACGAUAAAUCUGCUGAUAUAUUGUUUUUUACUGCGCCGCUCGCUGACUUUCUACUUUCAAGUCUCGCUCAACUUUUGAGACCAAAGUAUGACUCCUGGGUACAUGGUUCCGAAAUGACACAAAAUGAAGUGCAUGCAGACCCAAAAUUGCUCAAAAUCCAAUACAAAUGGUUUUUUAAAGCUAAAAGUCGUAGAUGCAUCAUUAUUUCUCAUUUUACUGAUUAAACUCAAUUAAUUUCAUCCUGUUUAUGGUCAGAAUAAAGUCCCAGACAAUUUCCAUAGAAAAAACAAUAAAAAAGAAAAAGUUGAAAAAUAGAGAAUUACAUAAGAAAAAAACCCUGGUAAAAUACAUAAGAAAAUAAUUAUGAGAUUGAAAUUUGUUUUCAAGUACAUUUGAUCAGAAUCCUAUAAAGAGUCUGAUAAAAAAAAGCAUUUUAGGGGCCUUAUUUAGUUAAUUACAGCAAACGUUUGAUUGUACGCAUAAAUUUGCAUAAUUAAUUCAAAUUGAGAUUUUUCGAAGAAUUUGAUUAGCUUUGUAGAUUAUGCCAUGGGCAACACGUGCAGAUUUUCAUCGCGAUCGAGUGUUGAAAUAGCCCAGUCUUUUUAGGGUUAAACAACAUCUUGAAGCAGGUUUUAAUAUCCUUUGUGAAUUCAAGCCUUGGAGUAUUCAUAACCAAGUGAGGGAUUUAGCUGUCAAUUUUUUUUUCAUAUGUUUAGAUAAAAGGUUUAAAAGCCCACUGACAAUAUGCCAUCCUGGGUACCUAUGUUUAAACACUUAACCCAGUUGAAGCAAAAACUUUCACGGAAAAUAUGGUUUAGUUAGCUUUUGAGCCCUAUUACUCCUGUAUGUACUUUAAUGUCAAAGUUACAAAGUAAAUUACUAUUACUGAGCAUGAUUAUCUCCAAAGCCCAUUAGCCUUGUAUAAAAAGAUUGUCAAUCAUCAUCUUUGAUAAGGAAUUUGACAUCAGCUGUUUAUCCAGUAUUAAAAGAGUUUCGGACUUGCAGUUAUGUAAUGCUAUGUAUAUUCCACCCAUCACCUCAUGUGGUAAAGCCAGUGUCUCCCUUACCCUGGCCCGACACAGUCCAAAGCAGGCUGAAGAAUAUCUGUGAUGGGACAGAAUUAUUUGUUGAGUCCAUAAAAUGCAGAGCUCUAUUUAACAGUAAUGUCCAGUACCGGCUGCACAUAAACAUUGUUAGCCUAACAGUAAGCUCAGUCACACCUUCAUGAUUGUGAAGUAAAUACAUUCGUAUAUCCUAUGUGUAAAUAACAUGCCACAUUACUGGUUGUAACAUGACCUCUGUUAUGGCAUUGUUAGCGCUAACAACGUUUCUGUGUGGCUGGUACAGUUGAUUUUAGAAUCCAUCAUUAAACGAGGCAAAAGCGAUUUUGUGUCUCGCCCACUUAUGAAAAUAACCAGAAAUAUUGUGAUUUGCGAGGGCUCGCAACAUAAUUGUAUCGAAACUUCAUUGUGAAAUGACUGGGAUGGAAUAACACUUGUCAUAAGAGCCUUGCACGUAAACUUUAAUGUUGACCUGAAAAUGACCUUUGACCUUACCAUGUGACAUCCGACUGCAGCAUAACAUGCAGGUCCCCAAAGGCUAUCUACCAUCCAAGUUUGGUUGAAAAGUGACUUACAGUUGCGGAGUUAGGUGUCAUAAGAGUCUUGCAUGUAUACUUUAACGUUGACCUGAAAAUGACCUUUGACCUUACCGUGUGACAUCCGACUGCAGCAUAACAUGCAGGUCCCCCAAGUUCAUCUACCAUCCAAGUUUGGUUGAAAAGCGACUUACGGUUGUGGAGUUAUGUGUCAUUAGGUUUGUGACGGACGGACAUUUGGAUCCCUAAGUCUCGCCUUCACCUCCGGUGGGCGAGACGAAAAAGAAGAAAAUUGAUAUAUUGCAAUCGUGAACAAAUUACAGAAUUCACAGAAACUGCAAUUUUCAACUCUGCAUAACUGUCUUUAUAAUGUGUUAAUGCCAUUUUUGUACAUUUGUAUACAGAAAAAUAAAUAAUGCUUAGAGGAUUUCAAAGCAAAA